AUGUCGGGAUCGCUCACGGGCCGUCUGGACGAGGCGUGCCGCCGAGCCGCCGAGCCGGCCGGCGACAAUGCGGAGCGUGCGCUGCGCGUCCUUGCCGAGGUCGCGCGUGAUGCGGAUGCGCUUUCUGUGAUUAGCGAAAAUGAGCCACUCCGCGAAAUUCAGACGCGUUCGCUGCGUGUGCUCUUCAUUCCCAGUGUGCAGGCGGAGCUGGAGCAGUCGAUGCGCGUCACCGAGGGCGACCGCAUGCAGAAGCGGCGCGCCCAGGUCGAGGCGAGCGCGGGUGCGGCGCGCCUCUUUUUCGAGAUGACGGCGCGCCACCGCGCGGUGCCCGAGGCGGUGCUCGUCAUGGUGCGCAGCCAGGCGUCGGAGCAGAAGGAGCAGCAGCUCGCGCCAGCCGAGCGCCGCCACCUCAAGAUGCAGCUGUACAAGAUGCAAAAAGAGCUCGAGCGCUUGCUCGAUGCGUUCCGCACCGAGUACCGUGCCAAGGCGCACAAAAAGAACCCCGCACUGCCCGUACCGCCGGCCAUUAGCGACGUGUUCUACGACCUGCUCAUUGUCCCGGGCGACACGGACGAGGACGAGGACGAGGACGAAGAGUCUGCGCCGAGCGGAACGUACGAAGCGCGGCCGCCCAAAACGCUACGCGACUAUUUGCUGAUGCUGCUUGUGCUGCACGCCGUACGCACGGCCAAUACCAUGAGCUCCGCGCAGCAGGAGCUCGAGCUACUGAAAAAUGCGCCGCCGCUGAGCGAGGCGCCUGUGCCGCGCUCGGAUGACGAUACGUGGCGCCUCGACUCGCGCUGGUUCUCGGGCCGCAACGGCGGGCCGCUGCUCGGCGAAGGCGGCAAGCCCCUGCGUCCGUUUGUGAUUACCGGCAGCCAGGGCCAGGGGCCAAGCGCGCCGGGCGACCGCCGCAGCCAGCUGCAGGCGCAAGUCUUCCAGCCGUCGCACCGUCUGCCGACCAUGUCCAUCGACGAGUAUCUCGCGGAAGAGGAGCGGCGCGGCAAUAUUCUGCGCGACGGCGGGCCUGCGCAGGCUGCCCAAGCGACGCCGCGCGAGCAGCGCGCCGAAAUCGCCGAGAUGGACGGCACACGCGAGGCCGAAGAGGCCGAGGAGGCCGCGCGAAAAGAGGCGAUCGAGUGGGAUGCUUUUACCGAGAGCAACAAGCGGGGUGCCGGGAAUACGAUCAAUAGAGGCUAG